AUGGACAACUGUACAGAAGUGACACAGUUCAUCCUCCUAGGACUAACCGAUGCCCCAGAACUGCAGGUUCCCCUCUUUAUCAUGUUCACUCUCAUUUACCUCAUCAAUGUCAUCGGGAACCUGGGGAUGAUCAUGUUGAUCCUGCUGGACUCUCGUCUCCACAUYCCCAUGUAUUUUUUCCUCAGUAACCUGUCUCUGGUGGACUUUGGCUAUUCCUCAGYGGUCACUCCCACAGUCAUGGCCRAGUUCCUUACAGAAUACAAGACUGUCUCCUUCAAUGYGUGUGCAACUCAGAUGUUCUUUUUYAUAGCUUUUGCCACUGUGGAAAAUUACCUCUUGGCCUCCAUGGCCUAUGACCGCUAUGUAGCCGUGUGUAAGCCCCUACAUUACACCACGACCUUGACACCAAGUGUAUGUGCUCGUCUGGCCAUAGGAUCCUAUGUCUGUGGCUUCCUGAAUGCCAUAUUUCACAUUUGGGACAUAUUCAGUCUCUCUUUUGGUAAAUCYAACGUGGUYCAUCACUUUUUCUGUGAUGUUCCAGCAGUCAUGGCUCUGUCUUGCUCUGCUGCAYACCUUAGUGAAGUUCUUCUGGUUUUUAUGUCCAGUUUUAAUGUCUUUUUUGCUCUUCUGAUUAUCUUGAUCUCCUAUAUGUUCAUAUUUAUCACUAUCUUGAAGAUGCACUCAGCUCAGGGCCACCAAAAGGCCUUGUCCACCUGUGCCUCCCAUUUCACUGCAGUCACCAUAUUUUAUGGGACAGUCAUCUUCAUGUACUUACAACCCAGCUCCAGUCACUCCAUGGACACAGACAAAAUGGCGUCUGUGUUUUAUACUAUGGUCAUCCCUAUGCUGAACCCUAUGGUGUACAGUAUGAGGAACAAGGAGGUCAAGAGCGCAUUCAGAAAGGUGGUUGAGAAGGUGAAAACUUCUAUGCAAGAUUGA